AUGCAAAUUAAUCUAUUAAUAAUUAAUGAUAAAGAAAAAGACUAUGAAGCUUCCAAGUCAAUUAAAGAAUUGCACAAAAUGCUACAAUCUGACUCUUCAGAAUUUGAUAAGAUUUUUUUAGAUGCGAAAUCAUCCAAAGAAAUGAUAUUACCAAAGCCCAUAUAUUCUGAUUCUUCAUACAAGAAUGAACAAAAUAUCCUUGCACAAGAAACUUCUGAUACAGACAAUGGGGAGCCAAAUUUACCAGAAACAAAAUUACCAAGUUCUGAAGAAAUCAUUUUGCUCUUAAACCAAGAAAAGGAACAAAGUUUUUUAAAUGAACAGGAAAUACAAUUUUUAAAGGAUGAAAACUUGAAAUUUAAGAAUUUAAUUAGUAAUUUAAUGGCAGAAAAUGACAAACUAAAUGAAGACUUGAAAGCAAAACUUGUUGAUGAAGUGCUGGAUAGGCCUACUACUACGCAGAAAAUGAAUGUUAACUUAAACAAUGAUUCAUCAACUUUAAAAUUCGAACAAAUGUCUGAGGAAAAAACUUUCCCCGAUGUUAACCUGCCUUCUAAUCGUGGUAAUGAGGUAAGAGCUUUGUUGCAUUCAUACAUUGGAAAAGUAAGAACAUUAGAAAGUCAACUUGCCUAUUCAAAUUCAGAGAAAAUAGGAUUAGAAAAAGAAUUGGAAAAAUCAAAGACCAAAAUAAAAUUUUUGGAAAGAAUCAACAAAGUUGGAACCAUCAAUGGCGAUCUUUCUCAAAGUUUGUACAUGAAUUGUGCCGAUGAUUUGAGCCAGAGAGAUGACAGCUUGGUUUCAAAAGAGAAGCAUUUAUUACUUGAAGAAAUUGAAAUUUUGAAAUUAAAAAUAAACGAAUUAAAUCUGAAAGAACAAACAUUAGUUGACAAGUUAAAGUCUUACAACAUACUCAUUGAACAAGCACAAUGUGAAAUUUCUCAGGCUUAUAUAGAGAAAGAAAGAAUGCAAGAAGAUUUGAUUUUGAAUCAAAAGCUUUUGAAGAAUUUCAUAGAAAACAUCGAUAACUGCAUAACUAGGGAAUGUGAGGAUGUUGGAAACAGUUAUUUAAUGAAGUUAAAUGAAUUAGACAGGAUGAACAAGUCUUUUCUAGAAAGAUUGAACGAAAAAGAACUUUUAAAUGAUAAACUUGAAAAAGAAAAAAAUAAAAUGCGAUCAGAUAUAGAUAUGCUGACGAAACGUGUUCAAAUUAAUGACAGUGAAUACGUUAAAUUUACGGAAGAUAUGAAAAUAAAAAUUAUCCAUUCAAAAAUGGAUCAAUCGAUGCUUCAUUCUCAACUGGAAAGAGUUAAAAUAGAGCUAAGCCAAUCAGAAAAUAUAAGGCAUACGGACAGAUUAAAGUUUACAGAAGAAAUUAAUGUAUUAAAAAAUAGAUUAGUUGAGGCCGAAAGCCUGUUACUAAGCUGCAAAAAUGAAUGCAUUCAGCUGCAUUUAUACAACCAAACUCUAUCAAACAAGGUAAAAAACAGUGACAUAGACAAAAAUAAACUAGAAAAUGCCUUAAGGGAAAGUGCUGUGAUUCAUAAUAACAAAAUGGAAUUAAAAGAAAAGGAAUUUACAAAUCUUGUAAAGAAUGUUCAAUUUAAAUACGAGAAUGUUCUUAAAGAGUUAGAAGGCUAUAUUAGAACGUAUGAAGCCAAUGUUCUGAAACUUCAGAACGAAUGCAAGACUCUCAUUGAAAAACUUGAUUCAUCAUCAACGUCAUACAAAAAAGUGACCUCUCAAUUAAUAUCUGAGAAUCAGAAAUUGAAAAAUGAAUUAAACGAAGCUUUGAGCCAAAUUAACAAACAAAUUGAAUCAAAUUACAAGUUAUGA